AUGCCUCCCUCAACAUCACUGCAACGCAACCUGAAUGGCAAGACCGUCCUUAUCACAGGAGCCUCCUCCGGCAUUGGUCGCAGUACCGCCCUCGAAUUUGCGCGCACGUCACCCGACAACCUUAAAUUGGUUCUCACAGCACGCCGUCUCGACCGUCUGCACGAAGUCAAGAGCCAGAUCCAGGAAGAAGUCGGUGAUGGGGUUAAGGUGUGCAUCAGAAAGCUCGAUGUCAGUAAGAAGGAGGCUAUUGAUGCGAUGUUCGAGAACUUGGACGAGGAGUUCAAAGAGGUUGAUGUCCUCGUCAAUAACGCGGGCUUUAUGUCCGGCGUAGAACGACCACCCGACGUACCAAUUGAUGUAAUAACAAGCGUGUACGCAACUAACGUAAUGGGCGUGAUUCACAUGACACAAGCUAUACUCUCGAUUUUCAAGAAGCGGCCUGAGGGUGGGAAAGGCGACAUUAUCAUGUUGGGGAGUAUGGCGGGGAGAGAGCCUUAUGCGGGUGGUACUGAGAUUUACUGCUCUAGUAAAGGGGCAAUCAGGGCAUUUACAGAGUCGCUGCGCAAAGAACUGAUCGAUACGCGGAUCCGCGUCAUGACCGUGGAUCCCGGCCAGGUACUGACUGAAUUUAACGAUAUCCGGUAUCGGUUCGACAAGGAUAAGGCGGAUGCAGUCUAUGCUGGAUGUGAUCCGCUCACACCGGAUGACGUUGCCGAAGUCAUUGUGUUCGCAGCUGGGAGACGGGAGAACGUAGUGGUCGCGGAUACGCUGUUGUACCCUUCGCACCAGGCAUCGUCGACGCAUGUCCACCGGCGACAGUAG